AGAAAAUAGUUUUUUUUUGCCGAGAAAAAGAACCGGUUUCCAGGGUGCUAAGAAAACAGUUUCCAGAAGAAAAAAAACCAGUUUCCAGGGAGCCUGUAUAAAAAAAAAACAGAUUACAGUGAGCCUUGUCAAAGAAAAAGGAAGAGAGAGAGAGAGUCUUGGCCAGGCACACGGGCUCCAGGGCACCGACCAAAGAGCCCCAAUGUCUCCCGGCCUUGAUUCUAGAACAUUGACCGUGGACCGGUGAAAACCCGAUACUGCACAUGCGGGCUUUUGGAAGCUCUCGCAGCCCGAGUCGGAGAGGGGUCUGAUUUCCGAAUCGAUCUCAUCUAGGGCGAGACCAUAAGGCAAGAGUCAGCAAGAGAACCAACAAACCCCAAUCUGCGGUCGAUUUCGGGAGAGGAAAUAAAAAAUAUCGAUGGCGAGUUCAUCUCAGAAGGCGCCGCCGAUGCCCGUCGUCGGUGCUGCAAAGGAGAAGGCCACCGUAGAUCCGGGGUCGGAGAAGAAGAGUAAGGAAAAGGCGCCGGCGGCGCCCGCAAAAGGCGGCAAGAAGACGAAGAAGAUUUUAAUGCCGCCAUCUCACUUGGACUAUCUUGAGUCAGUCGUGCUCGACAAGGGCGAGCCUUUACUGCCAAUUGAUGAAAAGUUGUUUGAAGAUUUCAAGGCGCUCAUCCCCAACGGAGAACAAUUCAUGGCGGACCGAGGCUUCACGCUGGAGAACUACCGUACGCUUGCGGCCUUCGAUGACUACAUGGAAAAGGCCAACCUCGAAUUGCUGUCGGAGGUCCGUGACGAGUAUCAAAAGAAGGGCUACGUCGAGAUGGAGGUGCCUGACGAUGAGGAAGAAGUAACUUCUCUUGGAAAGGCUAGGAGGAGGUUUCGUCCAGGAGUAGCUAAGAAUGCAAGAGGCAGAGUCAGCAAGUUGAACUGAUCGACCAUCCUUUGGGCUUAUCUGUAUCAGUAGUGUGUGAUAUGACUGACUGCUUCAUAGUCAGAGAUGAUUGUCCUGUCCUAUUCUUGCUUAAUUAUAUUGAUUCCUACUCAA